AUGUUGACUGGUUGUCCAAUGUUAGCAUUUGUUUUAUGCCUUUCAACUUCUAUUUUUCUUCAUUAUGAAAUGGCUGUAUCAACGCAUUGUGGAGUUCCAAAUUGGCUACCGUCACUUUCGGCCGUGGUAGCCUAUGCACCUGAACGUUAUAUUUGGAGAUUUCUCCUUGGAAUUUCAUGCACGCCGCGUCUUGCAAUGGCCUUUGCUUUCAGAAACUACUUGAUCAGCUCUAGCCUGUGGCCUCUUCCGCUGUUAAGCAGAUUCCGUUGGGCUUGUCAUCUUGCUUGUGCACUCAAUGCGAUUUUACAUAUGCUUAUGUUUAACGCAUUCGUUAUAUGUGGCACUUUACAUAUGGUGAUUGUUACUUGGCUUUUUGACCUAUCUGGUAGAAGACGUUCCAGCAAAAUUGGCGAAAUCUCGUUUCAAACCAAAGCAUUUUGUUGCGUUGGACAAAUUAUCUCUUUGUUCUUUGCGCUCUACUUUUUUUAUAGACAUAAUCGUUAUUGCGAACCUGGAAUGUAUACACUCUUUGCGCUGGCUGAAUAUUCACUGAUUUUGUUCAAUGGACUCUUUCACACAACGAUUUAUUAUGAAUUUCAAUCGAGAGUACUUUCGCUUGUAACGGCUGCUUUGAAGGCGAAUUACUAUUUGUUACCUUCACAUGAUUAUAGUGAGAAGCGUGGUACUUAA